CGGGGCGAGGGCCCGGCGGGGCAGGGAGGGGGAGCCGUGGAAUGGCGGACGGGCGGGCCGGCCCGCCCUGGUGGUAGUGAGACCGGGGGCGCGGAGGGGACAGCCGCGGACAGGAACAGUGCCUGAAGCAGGUCCACCAUGCCGUUAGUAACGAGGAACAUUGAGCCAAGGCACCUGUGCCGUCAGACGUUGCCUAGCGUUCCGAGCGAGCUGGAAUGCGUGACCAACAUCACCCUGGCAAAUGUCAUUCGACAGCUGGGCAGCCUGAGUAAAUCUGCAGAAGACAUAUUUGGAGAGUUGUUUACUCAAGCCAACACCUUUGCCUCUCGGGUGAGCAUUCUCGUCGAGAGAGUUGACCGCUUGCAAGUCAAAGUCACUCAGCUGGAUCCCAAAGAGGAGGAAGUCUCCUUGCAAGGCAUUAACACCAGGAAGGCCUUCAAAAGCUCCACAACUCAGGACCAGAAGCUCUUUGACAGAGAUUCUCUCCCUGUGCCUGUCCUCGAAACCUACAGGACCUGCAAUACCCCUCCACCUCUCAACAUCCUCUCACCUUACAGGGAUGAUGGCAAAGAGGCACUUAAAUUCUACACAGAUCCUUCAUACUUCUUCGACCUUUGGAAGGAGAAGAUGCUUCAGGACACCAAGGAUAUCAUGAAGGAAAAGCGGAAACAUAGGAAAGAGAAAAAGGAGAAUCCGAACCGAGGAAAUGUGAAUCCACGGAAAAUCAAAACCCGGAAAGAGGAGUGGGAGAAGCUGAAAAUGGGACAAGAAUUUGUCGAGUCAAAGGACAAGCAGGGCCCUGCUGGGUACCCCUCCAGCAUGGUGUACCAGAACGGCAGCAUCGGCUCCAGCGAGAGCAUGGACGGGAGCUGCUACCCGCCGCCGCCGCAGGCUGACUCCAUUGUGCCACCACCUCCCUCGUUCCCAGAUGACAGCCUGCCUCCGCCCCCGGUGGAAUUUAGCUAUCCUGUAGACAACCAAAGAGGUUCUGGUUCUGGAGGGCCCAAACGAUCCAGCCUGGUCAGCCCGAGCCACCCGCCGCCAGCCCCUCCGAUCGGCUCUCCCUCUGCGGCCAGGCCGGGCUUUGCUCCCCCUCCAGCUCCUCCUCCACCGCCUCCACUGAUGGAAAACACCCCCCCUCCGCCCCCUCCCAUGGGCCCACCCCCCCCUCCACCCUCCGACACCUCCACGUCCAAGCCCAAGUCGUCCUUGCCCGCGGUUAGCGAUGCCAGGAGCGACCUGCUGUCGGCUAUUCGGCAAGGCUUCCAGCUGCGCAAGGUGGAGGAGCAGCGGGAGCAGGAGAAGCGGGACGUGGUGGGCAACGACGUGGCCACCAUCCUGUCGCGCCGCAUCGCCGUGGAGUACAGCGACUCCGAGGACGACUCCUCCGAGUUCGACGAGGACGAGUGGUCGGAUUAGCCGCGCGCCCGCCCCUCCCUCCCCGCCCGCCCGCGUCAGGUGGCCAAAGCCCCACCGCGUCCCUCUCAUCCCGCAGCCAAAGAUGUGCCAAGGGUUUCCACACAACCAGCAGCAUAUCUCCCCUCUCGCUGCCCUGCAGCUUUGGCAGCACUCGGUGCUCUGCCUUCCCCAAAGGUCCCCUCACGGAUGAGGAUGCGGCGUUGGGAUUUAGCUGGAGGGGGUGUAACGGUUGCUUAUUUAAAAGAGAGCUAAACCUCCAGAUUUUUGAUGCCACCAGGCAGAGCACAUAUAAACCCUCCAUCCUGAGGGAUUUUUAAAGCAAAGAUGGAUGAUCCUGUUGUGGCCAUGUGGCCUUUUGGAUGAAGGACAUUUUCAGCUGGUUUUCUCAGUGCAACAGCAGACAGUUGAUCUGAUGGCUCUUCCUUGCCAGUGAAUACUGGUAGUGCUGCAAGAAAAUGGGCUUUAAAUGUCAGUUCUCUGCUGCAUCCCACUGUCAAAUAAUCAGGUUUUUGGCAAUAGUGCACAAUUCUUUCCCCCCUGACCCCUGAGUAUUAAUUCCAGAUCACCCUGCGUGGGGUGCAUUUCCCAGCCCCGAGGGUGCUGAGUGCCUUGGGUGCAGUGUAAGGAGAGACUUUUUUAUUUUAGAAGCUGCCUUUACCUUCCUCAAAUCUCCUGCUUUGCCAAGAGGAGACUUGCACAGAGGGAUGUAAAACCAGGGCAGGAUGCUUGUUCAGCUUCCCACUCUUGGGAAAGCAGAGCCACUGCCCCACUGAGACACAUCUGUGGUCAGCUCUGAGCGGUGGCCAGACCUCGCCGGGCUGAUUUUCUCCAAUUCAUGCUGAGACUGUGUUUUAAAAUUCCAAAUCCAGUGCCUAAGACAGGGAGAUGGGGUGGGGAGGGGUUCUCUGAACACCAGGCACUGUGGUGGUCUUUGGCCUGCCAGGGCAGUUUGAGAGGUGCUUUUCUUAGCGGGGUGACCGUACUUUUAACACAGGGACUUAAAUGCUGGUAUUGCCUUUGCUUCUUCUCCCUUCCCCCUGGGGAGGGGAGUCUGUGUGCCUAAAAACAUCAUGUGUGUGAGCUGAGUUGCCCAUCAGUUGCAUCAGACCUAACCUACCCUAAUUUUGUUAUUAUAAUUCAUUAGUUAAUUUUAAGAGAAUGUUUUUUUCUCCUCACUAGCCCUGUGAAUUAAUUCCCAGGCUGCUCACUAUAGAUCCAGUACUGGCAGGGGAAAAUGGGGAAUUUGAACUAUCUGACCUCGGUUUUAUUGCUGUUUUAUGUUACCUUACAUAGAAUAUGAGCAUAUCUUGGAAACCUAACCCAGAUACCCCUGAUGUGUAUUUUAAUUUGGACAUGACUCACUAAGGGUCAUGCAAAAAGCAAUUCCAAAGCCUUUUUGAGGUUAUGGGUCCAGCUGUUGUGGGAUGUGUGUCCCACUAAGACCAACUCUCCCAUCUUUUUGCCUUUCCUAAAGUAUUUCACCAGCCUGUGCCUGUCUCUCUUCCCUGCCUCGCCUCCUUUAAUGAUGUUGCUGAUACCUGGAACGCUGGGCUCUGCCCGAGGCUGGCUGGAAAUCCUGCUUGGGAGUUGAUUGAUGGCUUCAGCUUGUGCCAUGGAGUUCUUACUGAUUCCUUGUGUUUGUGUGUGUGUGUGUGUUAAUCCUGGCUGGGGCAGAGCUGGCCUGGAGGAUGGGCUCAGGCUGGGACCCAGUGAGGCCCCAGAGCUGCCAGCACCAUCGGGUUUUGUCUGCAGGCAGAUGCAGAGGGCGUGGGCAGCCAGGCAUCCCAGUGGGCUGGGAGCACCUGAGCAGCACUAGUGCCAGGUUCUGGAAGAGGGAGCAAACCCCUGGAGUGCAGGUGAGCUGUGCUGCAGUGGAGAGACUUGGAAAUGCACAGGGGUGGUUGCUGCAAGCUGGGUGAGGGGAUGAGAGAGGCACUGCCUUGUUCUGCUGCUCUCUGCCAGCAUCCUCCUCAGCUGCUCUCUGAGAUGUUCCCAGGAACAACGGGCCCUGAGCUAACCUGGGCUGACAGCAGGAUCACACAGGGAGGAGAGGAGCCUGCAAAUGCCAAACCUGGCUCAAUCUGAGAUUGCAUUAACUAGACUUAGCCCUCGCUGGGAAAGGGGAGCGAGUCUUCCUGUCACCUGAAAUACCAAGAAGUGCCAUAUUCCCUGAGCCCCAUGGAUGCUGUGCCAGGCAGGGCCGUGCCUGGGCGCUGGGGACACGUCCCUCACACUGCCUCUUGCACAAGGAUGCUGCUGUGUGGGCACAGCCACGGGUGGAGGUGGCUCCCUGGCCUCCAGGCAGUGGGAGGGACACUGCCUUGUCCCUGCAAGCCUGCUGGAAACACCCUCUGCUCCAAAUCCCAUCCCAGGGCAGGCACCAAAAUGCAGGAUCCUAAACAGAAGGGUUGUGGACAGGUAGGGGAGGUUGGUUGUUGGAAUGUUUUUUAAAUCUCCUUUGAUUCCUGCCUUUCUUUUUUCCUCAAUCUUUGAUUGCCUUAGCCUGUUGGGGAUCCCUGAGAAACAGCUGCUCUAGAGAGGGACCAUCUCUGUGUCCUUGCAAAAUGGCAGAGCUCUGGGCCACCAAGUGAGCUGAAUGUUUUUGAAAGCAGUAGGGGAGGAGGAGAGGUGCCAAAACCAACCUUUGCAAGACCGAGCAGCUGCGCUGGAAGUGCAGGGCUGCCCUGCCACCUUUGCCCCCGUGCUGGGGACUCCUACUCCUCCCUCCCCUCUGCUGGGGCUGGGGCGAGCCUCAGGCAGUUCCCAAAGCCCAGGGCACGAGCUGUGCUCCCCCCUCAGCCAUUCCCCCAUCCCGGGAGCCGCUGGCUGGGGGCUGCAGGCUCCCUUUUCCCUUCCCUGCCUGGUUAAACAUUCUCCCGGUGUCCUCGCCCGCAGUGCUUGGCUGCUGCUCCCGGCAGCCUCUCCCCCGCCGCCCCCCUCGCCUGGGAGAGCCGGUCCCGGCUCAGCCCGGUGACCUUCACUGCUUCUCCUCUGCUUAUCAGAGCCAGAGCCGGCCAGGGGCUCCCGAGCUCCCACAGGCUGCGGGAUCCUGCACAGUGUCAUUUCAGGGAAAGGGUACAUUGGAUUUUAGAAUUUUUUUUUUUUUUUUCAGAACGUGAACUUAUUUAACGUGUUUCUUUUGGAAGUCCCUGCCCUGGAGGGGCUCUGGGACGGAGCUGCCUGGCAGGGCAGAUGCAGCUGCCCCGGGUCAGGUUUCACUGCUGUUGGAUUUCGGGGGUGCUUUCUUCUCUUCCGUUUUAAACAAAGCCUUGAAGUGGAAGUGGAUCCGAUGUUUUUAUUACUGUAUUAACAUUCAUUUUAAUUCACUUCAGAAACUAACCCAUUUUUCUUCCUGAUUAGAAUGUCAUAGAAUUAGACAAGCUGUAACCCCUCCUGAAGUGCCUUAUUUUCCUACAUGAUAUAAAUAUAUUUAUAAGAGUAAUUAUUCCACUUAUAUCUUAGGGGUUUAUUGCUGAGCAGGAGAUAAGGUGGGAGAGGAGGGAUGGGAAGUGCCCUCCACAGACCCAGCCAGGCUGGGGGUCAGAAGGGCAGCGUUUGAUGGAUACUCUCAGGGUGCAGGGGGUUCCUCGCUUCAGACCAAAGGAGUUUCAGCAGUGAAACUCUGCUUAGAAAGAAGAAAAAAGGACGAAAAACCCCAAACAUGUGAGCAAAAUACUGUAGAUUUGUCAGGUUAUUUUUUUACCCCUGCAAAACAAACACUGAUGGCCGGACUCUGCAGGGAGGCAGUGGGUGUGGGGGAUCAGAGCCUGCCCCGGUCCAUCCUUGCACAUCCCAGUGCAGACUCUGCCUUCUGUAUCCCCAUGUAAUGUCUGUGCUUUUCCCUGUCGGUUGCUGUAUAAGCCAGAUUUCCUGCUGCUUUGUUUUGUUGUUUUUAAUAAUCAGCUCAGUAACCCCUGGAUGAAGAUUCCAACUGCAAAUAUUUUGUAAUGUACAUGUAUAAAAAAAAGUAAUAAUUUUUUUUGAUUCUUUUUUAAAACUUGAUAAAAUCUUUCUAUCCA